CAGGAAUGGAAACGUGUAAGUUGUUAAUGUAGUUUAAUCAGCAGGCAGAAAUGGAAACGUAUAUUGGGAUUGUGACAUUUGCAGCGACACAGAUUUUAGCAGACACUGGUCUUUUGGAAUGUUACAGCUGUCGAAAUGCCUCUAAUAUCAAUGUGUGUAACCAAGCCGUUACCUGUGCAGCUAAUCAGGCGUGUUUCAUGGAAGUCAUGACACAGGCGAAUGCUCAAAAAUCGUAUACGAUGUCGUGUCGUGAUAACAACGAUUGUAGCAAACUGAGUUCUUCUAUUCAUCCGGUUGGUCGAUCCCCUGACGGUCUAGUUAGGAGGCAAUCUUCUUUCGAUCACCAUUAUUGUCGAGAAUGCUGUUCCAGCUCAUUGUACAACAUAGGAAUCUGUAACCACACGCAACCUUCUGUCUGUGAAGACGACCCAAGCAUCGACUGUGCAAGAAUCAGCUCAAUUUUCAAUGUGUGUGAAGAUAUUCAUAAAGCAAAGAUGGUUUGUCCAAAAUUCUGCAACCUUUGCAAUAUUGUGGACGGAAACUGGAAUACAUGGUUAUCCUGGACCGUCUGUGACGUCACGUGUGGAAAUGGAACUCGGUCACGUGAUCGAGCAUGUACCAACCCAGCGCCACAAAACGGAGGUCAAGAUUGUAUAGGAAGUAGUGUUACAAGCGAAACGUGUUCUAUGGCAGUUUGUCCAACAGUUCACGGUAGUUGGAGUGAAUGGUCAUCAUGGGGAUCGUGUUCAGUCACUUGCGAUAUUGGCCUGCAGAGACGUGACAGGGGCUGUGACACCCCAUACCCGGCUCUAGGUGGAGACCACUGUUUUGGGGACUCCAGGGAUGAUAGGAUAUGCUAUGAAUCGGCUUUCGCAAACGGAGGAUGGUCCCCAUGGGAACAAUGGAGUUCUUGUUCAGUCACCUGUGGAGACGGGCUGCGAACAAAAAAUAGAGCGUGCAACAAUCCAGCGCCAUCCUUCAUUGGUCGUUAUUGCGACGGACAACCUCAAGUCACUGACCUGUGUUAUAACAAACCAUGUUUAGAAAGGCAGAAUGUGGCGUUCUCAGUAUAUUUGCAACAGUCGGUGUACAAAAUGAGUUCAAACCAAACAAUCAAAUUUGAAGUCGUUGUUAUAAACGACGGAAAUGCUUACAACCAUAGCACAGGAAUAUUCACAGUUCCAGUAUCCGGGGUCUAUAUGCUCACGGCGUCCUUAGAAUCACUAAAUAGUCAUCGGCAAUGGUUUAACAUUGUUGCGGACGGUCAGAUACUUUCAACAAUUGUUUACUUCCCGGCAAAUGAUCAACAUGCAACGGGUACAAAUGUUGUAAUUGUUCGUCUUAACAAGAUGCAACGUAUAUGGGUUGCAGUGGAUCCACUCGAUACUGGGGAAUCCCUACAAGGUGUAGUACGCACAUCAACCUUUUCUGGACUCUUUUUGUACGACUGAUUUGAGUUUCGCAUAAGGAUGCGGUUUAUUCAUUAACAAUAUCAAUAAAAUAAACAGUUUCCUUUUAAUAUUUCUUUGAUGUUUUGUAUUUAUUCAGUCAAAAUAGUACGCUGCUUGGUUAAUGUAUGUUGUGGUAUCUGAUGACAUGGUUAAAUGUCACAUUUCGCGUAUUUUAUUGAGCGU